UUUCCAUACGGUGCUAUCCCUACUGGUGUGUAUUAUUUUAAUAGAAACAUGUAACACAGAUCCUUCAAUAAAAGAUACGGAAAUGACCAAAACUCAUGAUCUAGAAGAUAUUCUGGAUGCGGUGUCUGUAUCCGUUUUUGAAAUGCUAAAAGCGGCAAAAGAAAUAUUGAAAGGCAUAACUGCUACAGUAGAAGAAAAAUGCAUCAAAGCCGCAAGAUUUACAGAUUGUGCUGACCUUCGAAGUUAUGGUUAUGUCCAGAGUGAUGAGAUUUACUGUAUUUGGCCUCGGUACUUGAAGAAACCUAUCCAUGUUGUGUGUGACAUGGACACUGAGGGUGGUGGAUGGACGGUGAUACAAAGACGUGGAUACUUCAAAGACAUGCCCCAAGACUUUAAUCAGUCCUGGUUCUCUUACAGCGUAGGAUUUGGUAACUUGAAAGAAGACUUCUGGCUUGGAAAUGAUAUAAUAUUUGCGUUAACAAACCAAAAAGAGAUGGAACUGAGAGUGGAGUUAGAAGAUUUCUCUGGAAAAUCAGCUUAUGCGCAAUAUUCGUCUUUCCUGGUUUUAAGCGAGAGAAGAAAAUACCAGAUGUUUGUUACAAAUUACACUGGAGACGCAGGAGAUUCAUUAUCAGCCCACAGCGAGAUGUAUUUCUCCACGAAGAAUGUCGAUAAUGAUAACUCACCAGAUCGUCACUGUGGCUUCGAGCUGUUCUGUGGGUGGUGGUUUACAACUUGCCAUCCUAGUAACUUGAACGCUAUUUAUUACAGAAGUGGGAAACCUCCUAAACAUUGGCAAGGUAUUGUCUGGAAUACUUUUGGAGGAUAUGAAAUUUCGUUAAAAAAAACAGAGAUCAAGAUUAGACCUGCUAAAUUUCCCGUACCAAUGUAAACGAAAUGGCAGUUUGUAGUAUUUAAUAUUUUUUUUUAAUUUAAGUUUUUUACUUACCUCUAUACGAAACCAACUUUGUUUUUGUUUCCCAACCCUUCUUCCUUUUAAUUUAUCCCAAUCGUCUAAUUCCCUCCUUCGCUUUAACCUUUAUGGGUUUUUUUUUUGUAUUAUUUUUUCUCUUUAUGUCUUUUGUCAUAUAAUUCUAUAUCAAAAUUUUUAGUAUUCUUACUUACUCAAAAAAAUAAUUCAUAUAUCCAUAUUAGUGUUUUUCUUGAAUCCAUCUCGUUCAACUUAUUAAUUAAAGUUCCUUUUAUAACUACUCUUUUUGUCGCGUCCUCUAGUGAGAAUUCUAAAUACUGCGAUGUAGACUAAUUUCAUAUACGUAAUCACGCAUACUUGAUUUAUUAUUCGUCAAUAAAUUAGUGUUUCUAACUGCUCAGUGGUCAGACCUACAAACCUUGAAUUACAUGUAGCACAUGUAAAUUCAUAUAUAUCUAAGUGUUUUUUGACUAUGAACUUUUCUCUCUAUAUCUGAAAACUUAUUCUUUUCUCAGGUUCAAAAACUCUUACAUAACUUACGGGCAUGUGCUACGAAAUAGCCCAAACAAUUGAUCUUUUACAGUCAUAUACGUUUACUCGUACUAAUUAUAUUUAAAAUAAAAGGUUUACCAUAGAACAUCAACUUGUCCUCCUUCAUACAGUUGGUUAUGCAACGAUAACAAUGAUAGUUGUGUAAGUAAAGUAUAUCAUUACAAACAAUUUACAGGUUUAUAUUUUACUUUUAAUAGCUAGAUUCCAGAGCGGUUUAAAGUAGGUAUAAUUAAAAUAUUA